CGCAAGAGCUUUGUAUUUGCAAGGAGCAGAGGGAUGAGAACAUCCACGUACCCCUGGCACAGGACAGAAAAGCACGAGGAGCUCCUCGGUAGGCCAGACCGCCACCCACCAGCCUCCAAGGUCAGCCUGUUGUUCAAAAACCCCUUUCCACUUGCAGCCAAAAAGGGGACAGAAGGCCACACCAAGCACCUGCAUCCAGCAUUAACGUUUAUCUGCGAAGAAAACGUUUGGAAGCUGUGCGACUACAUCAGGAGUCGGGAUCAAUACCCUCUGGAAGAGUUUUACGCUGUCUUCAUAUCCAAUGACAGGAGGAUGAUUCCCCUAUGGAAGCAAAAAUCGGGACGUGGAGAUGAUCCUGUCGUCUGGGACUACCAUGUUAUUCUGCUUCAUGUUUCAAGUGGGGAGCAGAACUUCAUUUAUGAUCUCGACACAGUGUUGCCGUUUCCAUGUCCCUUUGAUAUAUAUACUGUGGAGGCCUUUAGGCUGGAUGAUCGCCUUCCUCCAGAAUUUCAAAGGAAAAUCAGAAUGAUUCGAGCAGAUUUGUACUUGAAGACGUUUGCUUCAGACCGAUCUCAUAUGAAAGAUGCCGAUGGCAAGUGGCAGAAACCUCCUCCUUCAUACCCUUGCAUUGAAACUGCAGACUCCAAGAUGAACCUGGAUGAUUUCAUCAGUAUGAAUCCCAAAGUAGGAUGGGGCUCAGUGUUCCCCCUGCCGGACUUUGUGCAUCGUUUUGGCAGACAGACUGAUUACAACCAUUCCUUGAAAGGACAGUGAAGUAAACAAAGAAGUUCUCUCUGCUUCUCUUUUGUGUGAGUGUGUUUUGUUUUGCUGCUUUUGCGUUGUAUUUAUUAAUGGUUUACAUGCCUUUACAUGGAAUAAGUAUUUGGGCAAAGAGAAUACCCAGUCAGAAAUAUCAUGAAUGAAUAAAAAUUAUUUUGAUUAUGUAAGAAUAAGCGUGUUAUUAAAUAUAUCAAAUCGAAUGCAGACGU